GGCAACAAAGUGACAUGGCGGCGUUCAACGCACACAUGAUUCUGACGCUGCGAUGUAUGCAGGUUACAUAAAUAAUCGGACUAUUUGUUCGCGAUGUCGGACUGCUCUCGCGGGAGUGCAUUGCUGUGUGACGUUAAACCGAGGCACGUGAGGUCCUUGAAUUUCGGGCAAUCGAUCCUCGAGCUCGAUGCCGUCGAGCAGUGCCGCGUGCCAAAUCGCGUCCUCGUGUUCGACGAGAAAGUCGCUCACAUACCGUACACCGAGAAGGAGGAUUACGUACGUAAAUGGCUCGAGGCUCACGAAAACGACAAACGUGAUUCGUCCCCGGUUCUAGGGCCAUCGGCGACUACGGCUUCCCAGGAAUCGCCAAUACUCGGUAGCGGUAGGAAACGAUCUAGACGGAAGGUCUGUAUAAAUAGAAACGCCACAGCGAAGAGGCUAAACAAUGUAGCUAACCAGGGAAGUGCAGGACACUCUGCAAGCUGUACGACGCGAUCUAAGUCGCAGCGUAAAUGUAAAAAGAGGAUACAGCACACACCAUCUAGUACAGAAAAGGUGGCGGUCAACGAGGUGUCUCCUAUCCUUGGUACUCGUAUUUUUAAGAGAAAGAGAAGAAAACUGCAGUACAAAUCAGAAGCUAGUGUUUCUCCAGAACAUUUAAAGUUAUACGAUCAUAAAAUCACAAAGACAGAUGUACAGUCGAUAAGGCAACCCGCUGGUAAUCUCAAUAAUCUGAGAAAGACACCUGUGGAUCAAGAUAAGUUGGAGAGAAAUUUGGAUAAAGGGUUUGUCUCCUUGGCUGAAACAAGAGCAAGUCCAGAGAAAUACCAGAGAUGUAUAGAGACAUCUUCGACGCUGUCAGAGAAAUUGAGCUUUGCUGACAGCUCAAGUAAUAAAACUGAUAAAAAUGAUUCGCAGAUAGAAGCUGGCACCAGCAAUGAUAGCACAGAUGAAGAAUGCAAUAAACUUACAAAUAUAUCUGGCAGUAGCGACAAUCUAAGUUAUUUCAUAGAGGAUGAUGACACACAGGAAACUGCAAAAAGAUCCAAGUUUUCAGCAGUGGAUAGACAUUCAAUUCCUUCGGGACAACCAUUUACACCUUUGCAAUUUAGUAAUGAAACUUAUUGCUCAGAAGCAGAAUUGAUGCAAGAUCAAAGUACACGUCUGUCCGAAAGAAUCUCCGAGAUGCCAUCUUUAAAUAAAACCACCCAGAAGACGUGUAAGUCGACCCAAACUGCCAUUAUUAGCACAAUAACGACUCCGUCGAAGAAAUCUCCGGACAAGAAUACGUAUGCACGUCUCUUGGACUCUGGAAAGAAACGCCACAAACCCAAAAAAGGCAGCAUGGCUGCGAGACUGCAGUCCUUGGUCAACGCGCAAGUGUCCGGCAUUCGUAUAUGGCGUCAUCAAAUGAGUAAGGAACAUGACGCUACGUCAGUGCGAUACAUCAGUGUACUUGUAUGCGAUUCUAUCAAGCAAUUCGGCAAUCAAUUUCUGGAAGGCGUCCUAAUCGAAGAUCGCUACAAUCUCCUGCAAAACGACAUAGAGAUCGAACAGGCGGAGUCGCAUAAUGCUGAAGCUCAACCAAAGACAGUCUUGUACAAAAAUAUAACAAUUAUGCUAGUCUGUGAUAUAGUCGGAACAUUGAAAAUGAUAUCAAAAGUUGUGAUAAAUGUUUAUCCACCCUGGAAUAUCUUGGAUAAGGAUGAUUUGAUCCUGGAAGCGACGUAUAUAAGUAUAAGUGAUCGCGAAGUACCUGAUAUUAGCAAUGUGAGGAAGUCAUGUGAGCGCAAGAAACGAAUUCUCAAAGAGUUUAAUUGCCCUUGUAUAGAAGAACAGAGGGAAUUGCUGUUUUGUUCGAGAAAGCCUAGCAGUGAUAAACCUGACGUGAUGCAACAGAUAUUUAAUUUCUGUCUUUCUAGAACGAUGUCGAUUACUCAGGAUCGUCCCGAGUUAUACGAGGAAGUUAAGCUUUAUAAAAAUGCCCGGGAGAGAGAGAAGCACGACAACCAGGCUGAUCUGUAUGCCGUGGUAAAUACGUUGCAGCAUUUGGAGAAGGCUUACAUCAGAGAUUGUGUUACGCCAAAGGAAUACACGGCAGCGUGCAGCAAACUUUUAGUACAAUAUAGAGCAGCGUUUAAACAAGUACAGAGUGAUCAAUUUCCAACAAUCGACUCCUUUACCAGAGCAUUCCGCCUAGAUUGUCCAGCUGCCCUUGAGAGAAUCAAGGAGGACAGACCAAUUACAAUAAAAGAUGACAAGGGCAACACAUCUAAAUGCAUCGCCGACAUUGUUUCGCUGUUUAUCACACUUAUGGAUAAAUUACGAUUGGAAAUCAAAGCCAUGGAUCAACUGCACCCAGAUCUGAGAGAUCUCAUGGAUACUAUGAAUCGCCUCAGCAUCCUACCUAGUGACUUUGAUGGUAAAGAGAAGGUUUCAGAGUGGUUACAGACCCUUGAUAAUAUGUCCGCCUCGGACGAACUCUCGGACACUCAAGUCAGACAGUUGAUAUUUGAUUUAGAGACAUCCUAUAACGCUUUUAAUAAAAUACUUCAUAAUUCGUAAUUCUUUUUAUCUUCUGCCGAAUUGGGAUUGAUCUAAUAUUAUCUAUAAUACAAGCCUUGAUAUAUAUAUCAAUUAUAUGUUGUGUUCAAACAGAAUUAUUAUUAUUAAUGUAUAAAAUAAAAUUAUUAUUUGUACAUAUUGUUACUAAUUAAUUUUACCGCAAAAUAUCGAUCAAAGAAAAGCUUUAAAGUUUUCUUCUGUUAUAGAUAGUAUUGAUUCAUUCAAUUGCGACAUAUGUAAUACUUGCAAUCACACUUUCUUUUCAAUAAGCAACAAUGUGUCACGAAACUCUGCAUUGUUCCUUGAAUCACGUAUAAAACUCGCAGUAUUUAAGAUCCUUGUAUACAACUUCUGUUGCUAAAUGAAAUUAGAUAUAUGUAUACAUACGAAUAUAUACAUACAGAUACAUAGCUAUGUAGAACAGACUAUUUUCUAUGCGAUUCUUUGUAAACACCGAAACAAGUAAAUUGCUGAAUGACACUUGUAUAUUAUCGCGUUGUGUAUUAUACUUUAUCGAUUAAGCUAAUAAAAAUGCGUAAGAUUUUAA